AUGUCAGAUAGCUCGGAUGAUGACCGGCCUCUGGCAAGAUCAAAUGGACACGGUUCCAACUCGACCCCGAACAUGGCCGUCACCAAUGUGACUUCUCGGAAUGGUCCUGCCAACGGAGACCAUGCCAACGGUAUAGCCAAGCGGAAAGCCCGUAUUUCUCUUGAUACGAAAAUAAGCUACAAAGACGAGUCCGACAGCGAUGACAACGCUCCUCUGGACACGCCCAUGCUCGACUCGGACGACGAUAAGCCUCUUAGUGCUAAAGUCGCUAAGAGGGCCAGCACCGUGGUAGCGAGACCGAAACCCAAAGCAUCUGCAUCCUCGAAAAAAGCAAAUGGCGUGAAGCUUAAGGAAGAAUCAGACUCGGACACCCCCAUAGCAAAGAAGAAGAUUGUCAGCUCAUCCAAGCCCGCGGUCAAGCCUGCAGCCAAGUCAUCACGACCGCCAGCCAAGUCAGCCCCCACACCAAAGAAGGCUGUAGGUGCCAAGGGCCUAAAAAAAGAGGAAAGUGCCGACCUCGGUGACCAGGAGGCGGAAGGACAGGACUAUCGUUGGUGGGACCAGCCAAAGAAGGAGGACGAUAGCAUCAAGUGGACCACGCUGGAGCACAACGGUGUUGUUUUUCCGCCUCCAAACCAGUCUCUGCCGAAACAUGUACGCCUCUACUAUGACGGUGCACCAGUCGAGCUCCACCCCGAAGCGGAGGAGGUUGCUACGUUCUUCGGCUCUAUGCUUCACUUGACUGUCAACACGGAGAACCCGACGUUUCAAAAAAACUUCUUCGCCGACUUCCAAGAAGUAGUUGAGAAGACAGGCGGUGUAAAGCGGCUGGACGGGAGCAAAGUGGCACUGCGUGACUUCACCAAACUCGACUUCAAGCCCAUGUUUGAGCACUUCAAGGGCUUGACCGAGGCCAAAAAAACACGAUCCAAGGAAGAGAAGAAGGUGGAGAAGGACGAGAAGGCGAAGCUAGAAGCCCCAUAUCUCUACUGCAAGUGGGACGGGCGGAAAGAGAAAGUGGGCAACUUCCGUGUGGAGCCUCCGGGUCUGUUUCGUGGUCGUGGUGAGCAUCCGAAGACGGGCCGGGUCAAGAAGCGGGUUGCUCCUGAGCAAGUGACAAUUAACAUCGGCAAAGACGCUGCCGUUCCGAUGCCGCCCCCUGGACACAAGUGGAAGGCAGUGCAACACGACAAUAAGGCGACAUGGCUGGCUAUGUGGCAGGAAAACAUCAACGGAUGCUACAAGUACGUCAUGCUUGCGGCAAACAGUGCAAUCAAAGGCCAAGCCGAUCACAAAAAGUUCGAGAAAGCUCGCGAGCUGAAGAAGCACAUCACCCGCAUCCGUGCAGACUACACCCGAGAGCUAAAGAGCGAGGUUAUGGCUGACCGCCAGCGUGCCACCGCCAUGUAUCUCAUCGACCGAUUCGCCCUGAGAGCGGGCAAUGAGAAGGAUACGGAUAAUGAAGCCGACACGGUCGGUUGCUGCUCUCUCAAGUAUGAACACAUCACACUGAGAGAGCCGAACACAGUGAUCUUCGAUUUCUUGGGAAAGGACAGUAUACCGUAUUACGACGAGGUGACUGUGGACCGGCAGGUUUUCAAAAAUCUCAAAAUGUUUAAGAAGCCUCCCAAAGAGGAUGGCGACGACAUCUUCGACCGACUAAACACCUCACAAUUAAACAAGCACUUGUCAAGCUACAUGCAGGGCUUGACGGCGAAGGUGUUCCGUACCUACAACGCCUCAUAUACCAUGUCAAAAUUGCUCCAGGAGCUGCCGGUGACUAGCCUGUCGAUCGCAGAGAAGGUCAAGCUAUAUAACGACUGCAACCGGAAGGUGGCUAUUCUCUGUAAUCACAAGAGGACAGUAGGCGCAAGCCAUGAAGCACAGAUGGAGAAGAUUGGCGACCGCAUAAAAGGCCUCAAGUAUCAGAAGUGGCGGACGAAGAUGAUGAUUUUAGAUGUCGAUUCCAAGCAGAAGAAGAAAAGGGGGGCCGAGUACUUUGAACUGGACUCAGACAUCAGCGACGAAUGGGUUCUCGCACACCAAGCAUUUCUCGUCGAGGAGCAGCGUAUUAAGAUCACCAAAAAGUUCGAGAAGGACAAUGAAAAGCGGGUGGCCGAGGGCGACAAACCGCUACCGGAGAAGGAUCUCAAGGAGCGGUUGAAGGCUCUGGGCGAACUGGAGGCCAAGUUCAAGAAGGAGAAUCGGACCAAGAAAGUUGAGGCCGAGGGAAAGUCCGCUUCUGUGGAGAAGCUGGAAGCCGCUGCUCAGAAGAUUGACGAGCGUAUCCACAACAUGGAGUUGCAGGCCGCCGACAAAGAUGGAAAUAAAGAAGUUGCUCUGAGCACGUCGAAGAUCAAUUACAUUGAUCCUCGUCUCACUGUCGUAUUUUCCAAAAAGUUCGAUGUUCCCAUCGAAAAGUUCUUUUCCAAGACGCUCCGGGAAAAGUUCAACUGGGCCAUUCAUUCCGUUGGCGACGACUCGACCUGGGAAUUCUAA